UUACUCUAUAAAAACCUAGUCUCCUCGCAUCUUAAUUGUUAUCUUCCAAGGUUUUAGUCCCUUUCACCAUGCAGCCUAGUGAUGUUUCAGGUGUUCGAUACCUUGUUCCUUCCUAUCCAUCCCUAUAUUCGCCGCAUUUCGGCAUGAACCAGAGCAACAUAUCCGUACACGAGCCGAAUCGAUUCUCGAACCCCAUCUAUAAUCUCUAUGCCCCUCCUCAACUUCAUGAAAUCAGUCCCGUGUCCUCGUGCAUCAGCAGCAACUCGACUUCCGACGAAGCCGACGAGCAGCAGUUGGGCCUCAUCAUCGAGAGGAAGCAGAGGAGGAUGAUAUCGAACCGAGAGUCGGCACGCAGGUCGCGUAUGCGUAAACAAAGGCACCUGGACGAGCUUUGGGCGCAGGUGGUCUGGCUGAGGAAUGAGAACCACCAGCUCCUAGAUAAGCUGAACCAUGUGUCGGAGAGCCACGAAAAGGCGCUUCAAGAGAACACGCAGCUCAAAGAGGAAGCCUCUGAACUUCGUCAGAUGAUUUCCGAUAUGCGACUGAGUCAGCCGUACAAGAGUUCAAUGAACCUGGAAGAUGUCGCCUUGGAACACGGUUUAUCCUAAACCGGUUCAAACACAAUUUUUGGUUCUUCAAGAUGUAAGGAAACCAGAAUAACACGUUUUGAGCAUUUGAGCUUGAAUAUCCUCGAAGCUAUUAUCUUGUUUGUUCCUCCUGGAUAUCAUACAAGUCCAAGUUGCUGCAAUA